AUGCCAGAUUUCUACUCCAAGGUUGGAAGCUUGCCGCAUGUACCGGACGACCUCACCAUCCCGCAAUUCAUCCUUGACUAUGCUCAUCCCAUACGGCCAGAGCGGCCGAAUGGCGUACCUUGGCUUGUUACUGAUAGGUCAGGAAGGAAGAUACAUCUUGACGAGAUCCAACGUCGAACUAACGGCCUCGCUGUGGGGCUCAAGGAGAAGUUUUCCAUAGGUUCAAAUGACCCAGUCCUCUUCUUCUCUACUAACCAUGUCGAUUAUCCUGUAUGCAUGUGGGCUGUACACCGUAUCUUGGGAAUCGUCACACCUUGCAAUCCUUCGUUGACGGUCCCAGAGCUUGUAAAGCAUCUCCGAUUAUCGAAGUCGAGUCUCAUCAUCGCCCACGUAGACUUUCUAGACACAGUUUGUGCGGCUGCUCGUGAAGUCGGCCUUUCUACGAAACGCAUCAUCGUUCUUCCCGAUCAAGACUCCCAGACCGUGAAUCUUACGGAAUUCGUAUCUGUGGAUGACCUCGUUGCGCAGGGUUUGAAGAGCCACAAUACUGUGGAAGAUGUUAAACUCGCGCCAGGAGAAGGCAAGGAGAGGAUAGCCUUCUAUAGCUCGUCGAGUGGUACUACUGGAGAGCCCAAGAUUGUUCAAAUAUCCCACUACGCGUUUAUAGCUAAUGUGCUCCAGAUCGCUUCCCUCAACAAGGUCAAUGAAGAGUAUGAUGACUGGGAGAAACGCAGAUAUAGAUCGGGUGAUGCAUGCCUAGCGGUUCUCCCCUUCUAUCAUAUAUACGGACUGGUGCUAAUUCUUCAUUUCAACAUAUUCUCUGCGAUGGCUGUGAUCGUGGUCCCGAAAUUCAACUUGAAAGAGAUGCUUCAAAGUAUCGUUAAAUAUCGUAUCUCUUCCUUGAUGGUCGUUCCUCCACAAGUAGUGUUGUUAUGCAAGAAUCCCAUUGUCAACAACUUUGACCUCUCCAGCGUUAGAGCCGUUUUAUGUGCGGCCGCUCCGCUUACAGCGGAGCUCUAUGAUCAACUCGGCCAACUUCUGCCAAACAUAUGCAUUGGCCAGGCAUACGGAUCUACUGAAGCGACUGGUGUGGUAUCUAUGUGCCCUGUUGAGCAAAAAUGCGGCAUGUUCGGAGGAGUACUCGCGCCAGGCGUUGUCGGGCGGGUGGUCAAGGCAGAUGGGACUUUGGGAGACUACGAUGAGGAAGGUGAAUUGUAUAUUCGGACCCCGGCAGCUGCGACAGGUUACCUUAACAACGAUGCAGCAACCCGAGAUACGUUUGCUGAUGGAUGGAUCCGCUCGGGCGAUUUAGUAAAGGUUGAUAAGAACCACGAGGUCAUUUUUAUUGAUCGUUUGAAGGAGAUCAUCAAGGUUCGAGGAUUCCAAGUUGCGCCAGCCGAAUUAGAGGGCUGCAUUCUGGACCACCCCUUCGUAGGGGACGUGUGCGUCGUUGGAAUUCCUCAUGCAUACAGUGGAGAAGUUCCGUUGGCAUUUGUUGUCCUUACCGCGGAUGGGAUGAAUACAGCUGAGAAGGACGGAGAAGGAAUUGAACUGUGCUCAUCGCCUUUAAAGCAUGUCGCAGACAAUAAAGCAUCAUUCAAGCAUUUGCAUCAGGUAGAAAUUACGGAUGCAAUUCCGAAGACACCCAGCGGGAAACUGCUUAGGCGAGAGCUGCGUGAAAAGGCCCGGAGCCUGGCUCAAAGUGCCAAACUUUAG